UCCGCCGCUUCAGCUUCACCCUCUUCUACAUCCUCUCUGCCGCUCUGCGUGCGUCUACUGCCGCUUUCUAAUUCAGCCCUUUAAUGACAGAUACGUCCACGCAAAAAAAAAAAAAAAAAAUAAUAAUAAUAAUAAGAUAGCUUGCAAAGGUGUAUGUGUGCGCCACUCUCACGCUUUAGCCUGAAAUAUGUCGCUUGUCUUAAGGAAAAGUUUCUGACAAGUGGCCGCACCUCGUUGGAAGUCUGUUUCAUUUGAUUAUCUCCCCUUCUUAAAUGACUGUGACCUGCUUCAACCCGUCUCUAAAUCAAGUCAGCCGGCGUGCAUGCAGCGUCCGGAGGCGCUGGACUGAUAACCUACUGAGUGAUCGGAGGAUUUCGCCGGCCCGUUUCUUCCAAACCCAGCACCGGGCGUGAUGAGAAGCUGGAGCCGCCGGAGGAACUUUGCCUUUCUGGGCAUCGCGCUUAACGUCUGGUGCCUGUCCGCUGCCCUGGGGGAUGUCAAAAACCAGCUUCCCAGCGGAAGUACUCCAGACAAGGCUAAGCUACAGGAGGAUGCAGCCAAACCACGUCGCCAUGAGACCACGGUACCUCUGAUGCUGAAGGGCAAAGAGCGUAGACCUCUCAGCCAGCUCACCCCUGGGAUUUAUCCUGCGUCACUCCAGGUGGUGGUGUUUGCAGAGGGCGAAGAGCUGAUCCUGUUACUGGAGAAGAAUGAGGGUCUUUUUGCGAGCCACUACACUGAGACGCAUUACAGGGAGGAUGGAAGUGCAGUCACCGGUACCCACAACUCCACGAACAACUGCUACUAUCACGGGGAAGUGCAGGAGCAUCCCAACUCGGAUCUAACCCUCAGUGCCUGCUUUGGCCUUCGAGGCUUCAUUGCGCUUGAAAACAAGACAUUUAUUAUCGAGCCUGUGUCUGGCCGUGACGCUGGGGCCCACUUCAUUUACCGAGUGGAAGAGCUCAGAGUGACCCCUGGAGCCUGCGGCCAUGGCUUUAAUUUGUCCUCUGUUGCCACUGAAACCCACAUCAAAAGCCCUUUCCAGUCCUUUCACACAAGGCAUAAAAGGCAUGCUCAGAAGACAACCAAAUACGUGGAGCUGAUUAUCGUUGCAGACAACAGAGAGUUCCAGAAACAGGGGAGAGACCUAGAGAAAGUCAAACAGCGGCUGGCAGAGAUAGCCAAUUAUGUGGACAAGUUUUACAGGGCGCUUAACAUCAGGGUGGCUCUGGUGGGCCUGGAGGUGUGGAGUGACUCAGACAAAUGUCCCGUCACUCAGGAUCCCUUCACCACCUUGCACGAGUUCCUGGACUGGAGGAAGGUGAAACUGCUGCCCCAGAAGCCCCACGACAACGCUCAGCUCAUAAGCGGAGUUUACUUCCAGGGCACCACUAUUGGCAUGGCCCCCAUUAUGAGCAUGUGCACAGUGGAGCAAUCUGGAGGCAUUGUUAUGGAUCACUCUGAGAACCCACUGGGUGCAGCCGUGACUUUGGCGCAUGAGCUGGGACACAACUUUGGCAUGAACCACGACACCCCCGAGCGCGGCUGUGGCUGUAGGAUGACAGUCGAUCGUGGAGGCUGCAUCAUGACCCCCUCCACAGGGUAUCCGUUCCCAACGGUGUUCAGCACCUGUAGCAAGAAGGACCUUGCAGCCAGUCUGGAGAAAGGCGUGGGCAUGUGUUUGUACAACAUGCCAGAGGUCAAGGUGCUUUAUGGAGGACAGAAGUGCGGCAAUGGCUACGUGGAGGAGGGAGAGGAGUGUGACUGCGGGGAGCCUGAGGAAUGCAUGAACCCCUGCUGUAACGCCACCACGUGCACCCUCAAGGGAGAUGCCGUGUGUGCCCAUGGCCAAUGCUGUGAAGACUGCAAGCUCAAACUGGCUGGCACCCUGUGCCGAGAGUCCAGUAACUCGUGUGACCUGCCUGAGUUCUGCACUGGAUCCAGUCCUCACUGCCCAGCCAACGUUUACCUGCACGACGGACACUCUUGCCACAACGUCGACGGCUAUUGCUACAACGGCAUCUGCCAGACUCACGAGCAGCAGUGCAUCACCCUGUGGGGACCAGGAGCUAAACCUGCUCCUGAGAUCUGCUUCGAGAGAGUCAACUCUGCAGGGGAUCCUUAUGGAAAUUGUGGGAAGGACUCGAAAGGUUCCUUUGCCAAAUGUGAUGCAAGGGAUGCCAAGUGUGGUAAAAUCCAGUGCCAGGGUGGAGCCAACAGACCGGUGAUCGGUACAAACGCUGUCUCCAUUGAAACCAACAUCCCACUGCAGGAAGGAGGGCGCAUUCUGUGUCGUGGGACACACGUUUACCUGGGUGAUGACAUGCCAGACCCUGGACUUGUUCUUGCAGGAACAAAGUGUGGCGACAACAUGGUGUGUUUGAACCGGCAGUGUCAGAAUGUCAGUGUCUUUGGCGUGCUCGAGUGCUCCGGGAAAUGCAAUGGACGAGGGGUGUGCAACAACAAGAAGAACUGCCACUGUGAAGCACAGUGGGCUCCUCCUUUCUGUGAGAAACCAGGCUUUGGUGGGAGCAUUGACAGUGGGCCAAUGAGGCUGGCAGAUGUGCGUGUGUGUGUAUUAAUGUGCGUGUUGUCGUAUAUGGCAUCAGCCGACAGUGUGCUCAUCACUGUGGCCAUCUUGGUCACCCUGGUUAGCCUGCUGGUCGCCGCCGUCAUCGUCUUUCUGAAGAGGAAAGCUCUGCUGCGUCUUUUCAUCAGCAACAAGAAAAGCACGUUGGAGAAACUCAGAUCUGUGGAGGCAACCAGACCAACCAGCCCCAUCAGGACUGAGUCCAGGUACAAACCCACGCCACGACGCAAGCCCCCACCAAAACCUUCUGCUGCCAAUAUUUAUAAGCCGUCUUUCUUGAGUGCAGAGCCUCUUCUCCCUCCUCACAACUUCCACUCCCACAGCCUGCGCAGGCUGCCUCUCUACCAGCCCCUGCACAUCAGCCAGCCCAUGCCCGUGUCACUGAGCGUGGGCCAGCCAACACUGCCUCCUCUGGCGACCCACAACCACCGAGUCCUGCCCACCCACUCAUCGGUCUCACCACCUCCCGUGCCGCCUUUUCUCAGCCUGCCGCGCAAGCAGUCGUUGUACAGAGUGGAGCAGGAUUUUGAGAAGCCCAGUCCACCACAGAAACCUCUGCCUGCUGAUCCGUUAGGGCGAAGCUCUCGGUCUGGUCACAGCGUCCCACCAUCUGGGGUCCACGCCCCAGGGACUGGAGCCAUCCCAGUACCCAUCCCCAAGGUUCCUCGGCCUCCACCCAGCAUCCCUUUACCAAACAGACCUGUGCCAGCAUUGCCCUACAGACCACCAAAGACUCAGGACUGCUGAGCUCCUGACAUCAAAGAUGGGUGGAACGUGAAAAUCUCACACACAAAAAAGAAAGAAACAACAAAAACUUUCUUCUUUUGCACUAAUCCUUGAGGCAAGACUUCGUUGGACAUUUUGGACAAUGGGAAAAGUUACUGUACCAAGUUUCUAGGGGAAAAUGGGAUGAUCGUCACACCUUGGUGCUACGCCUCUAAAAGGGUGCUUUUCUGUCCUCACUCAGGUACCAAUGAACUAUUUAUCUAUUUAAUUAUUUAACUUGGACAUUACAAGUGUGUGCGCUGAGGAAGAACAUUUUUCCACAUGGAGAAUUGGGGUAAAAUAAGACAAAAAGGUCAUUUGUAAUAUUUUUCUUACAUUAUUUUGUGUUUUUUUAUUACUUUUUUUAAAUAAAUGUUGAGCUCCAUGAUUAUUUUGUAAAAAUUGAUUUCACUUGAGUGAUACAAAGUCAAAGUCAAACUUGAAAGACGAUAAAGGGAAACGGAGCACAAGUCAGCUUAGAAUUGUUAUUUAUUUAGUUAUAUCUGUUCAUGGGGUUUUCAAUACCAAACCAGUUAUCUGUAUUGUAUGUGCUUGGAAAAGUAAAAAAAAAAAAAAAAAUUAUAAAAAUAACUUGCAAGAAAAUAGAGUUUUCAAGAUGAAGCUGGAUGCAGAAUGUUUCUGAUUGGCUCACAUAGAGGCACCCAGGUUCCCCUUCACACCUGUCAGACUGGCUCUGACGUGGCGCUCCAGGUAUCUGUUGGAUGCUCGACAUGCCCUCCUGAUGCGACGAGACUGCAAGGAGCAAGCGUCAGACGGUUUCACUGACUGAUCGUAAGCCAGAAAACUCCUCCAGCAAUCAGUUCACAAGUAUUAACGCUGGUGUUUGUAUGUUUGCCGUUCACCUCGUCCUCCGGCCUGAGAGCCGGGCCAGAUGACCUGAGCGCUGUUAGCUGUCCAAGCUCCACACUUCGUCAAACAAAAUGUUUUAAUGUUCCUUUGUUGUUGUUGUUCCACUUUUUUUCUAUGUUGUGUUUCUAUUUGAUUUUUGAAUUGCUUGGCUGUUUUUCCCCCCAAUGCAGUUACAGCAUUAUUCAUGUGAUUUAGAGCGUGGUGUCCCAAUUCCGGGCAACAAUUAAAGUCAGCAACACUCUGCUUCGUGUUUCUCUACAAAAAAUGUGCUCUUCGUGUUGAAAGUGUGAAACAGUUCAGAUGAUUGCUCCCUGGUGGAAAUUCAACAUUAAAGCUGUGUGAAUUCUGUGGUAUAUGUGUUUGCCAUUCUUAAAAGAAAUUGUUCAUCAAGUUCAAUGUAAAGUGUAAAUAGUCUGUUUCCAUUUUCUUCAUCUAUUUUGUUCUCAUCGCAUUUUUUAUAUAAGCACAGAAAUGUAAGAACUGCUCUGAGGCUGUGCCCCACUUAGACAUCAGCAAGAAACGGAUUUUUAACAUUUCAGUGUUACUAAAGAACGUUGAGACCCGACUGUUGAAUUCAAAGCCCGAAUAAAAGCUUUUUUGGGUUG